AUGAGACUUCUCAACAUCCAAAGCCUAAAGUUGGAGGAGUUCUUCGAACCUGAUGUCCCGGCUUAUGCAAUCUUGUCCCAUCGGUGGGGGGAAGGCGAAAUCACCCUUUCCGACAUGGAAACCCGAACUUACAAGUCCAAGAAGGCGUACUUCAAACUCGAGUUUGCUCGCAAGCAAGCCGAGGACGACUGCCUGCAGUACAUUUGGAUAGAUACCUGCUGCAUUGAUAAGAGCUCCAGCUCCGAGCUUUCAGAAGCAAUCAAUUCUAUGUUUCGUUGGUUCCAAGAGGCUGAGGUGUGCUACGCUUUUAUGUCGGAUGUCUUGAUAGAGCCCCAGGACGAGGACGACAUUUUCAAGUCGUUCGCUGAGAGUGCCUGGUUCACUCGUGGCUGGACACUCCAAGAGCUCAUUGCCCCCGAGAAGGUGCACUUUUACAAUGCGAGUUGGUCCUACAUUGGCUCUCGAUAUUCGUUGUGCUCAGAAAUAACUCGGAUCACUAAGAUCAACACUAAAGUUCUUCGAGCUCGUCAGAAACCGCUCGAACAACUUCUUUCGGCAUGCACGGUCGCUCAAAGGAUGUCUUGGGCAGCACAUCGGAAGACUACGCGUAUUGAAGACCGAGCUUAUUCUUUGAUGGGAAUUUUUGCGGUCAACAUGCCUUUGCUCUAUGGUGAAGGCAAGAGAGCUUUCACACGCCUACAAGAAGAGAUCCUGAAGGUCGGGUCAGACCUCUCUGUUUUCGCCUGGCAACAAUGUCGCAGCGAGCGAACGAACCAAAGAGAGCUUUUUGCAGCUUCUCCUGACAACUUCGAGACGUGCACUGAUGUCGUACACUCACCGCAGCUCAAUCAGCCGACGGGUGACGAUGUGACCUUGACGAUGACCAACGUUGGCCUCAGGAUCGAUAGACCACUUGUUGCCAGUGUUAGACAAGAUGUCCCAACACGGAGAGGAGACCUUCUUCUCAGUCUGGAAUGCAGAUAUGCGCGAGAUGUGACAAGAAUCAUCGCGCUGAAACUCGAACCCUCUGGGCCCCCAUCAAUGUUCAUACCACAUCCACAUCAGAAUUCCGAUGAGCAGCAAUCUCUUUGUCAUGUUGGAGGUCAAAUAGAUGAAUUACGCCUUAGAACAAUCGACCUUCUACGCCCUAUUCGCUCAUCGUCGAGAUGGCCUUUCUUGACCAUCGCACGUGAAUUUGUACCUGCUCGAUUGAGUCAUCAAGCUGCAGCUACCAUGCAUACUCACGUUUGGGUCGAUUUACCAGACAAGACCAUUCCCAAAGCCUUACGAGAGCAGUAUCAAUGGGAAUAUCUCUCUUGCCAUCCCGAACGUUACUGGAAUCUCCGGAAUUUGACGUUUAAUCUGGACGACGCCAUUUCGGAUACGAUUGGUGUUGAACCACCUCCGACGAGUGGUGGUAGCCGUUGGGUAGGCGGUGCUUUGGCUUUAUCAAUCCCAUGGACCUCAUGCCGGAUUGUCAUCUUCUUCGGGCAGAGAUUCACAACUAUGGAUGCAAGAGAGAACAUUCUGUUCAAAAUCUUACCAUAUAACCCAGACACAUUCCCUCACCUAGAUGAAGCAUUCGUUUGGACAGAUGUGGUAGACCGUGUACUCGAUAUCCCACCAGCACAUCAGGCGGUAGUGAGACUGAGUAACCUGAGGCGACCAGGUAUCCUCAUUGCACAACUCAGUGUCGCGACCCAAUUGAAGGUGGUCGAUCACGGGUGUGAGCAACCUUUUGAACUCGACUCAGCCUCUGGAGCUGCUUUGAAUACAGACCCUGCUCAAAGACGGAUUUUCAUGGACUCUGAAAGCUCGAGAAACGAUUUUGUGCCUCUCCCAUGGCUAGCGGAAUCGUAUAUCCCAUUUUGCGAGGUUAAAAAUUAG